GAGGUGUCUGCAAUGCAAACUGCAUUCUCACAGCUUGGGGAGACACAGAGCUGUACACACACACAUAUACACCAGGAAGGAUCCCUGUAUAUAGCACUCAGACCUGCCUGCCUGGAAUAUACCUCCAUUUUCACUUUCAUCUGGGCUCCAACACAGGACUGGGAGAGGCCCCCCUGCAUCUGCAAAAUGUGGAUUUUCUGAUACAAUGCUGGGAAACAAAAGCUUCCUAAUACAAAAGGAGUCUCUACCACCCCCUCCUCCUCCUUCUUUUUUUAAACAGCCACCAUCCUGCUUCCCUUCCCCCCCUCCCUUCCCAAGAAGUGAUCCUGGGAGCUAAAGGCUGCACAUGUCUGGGACAUCCCUUAGCUGCUUGGGGGCUGUUGGCAAUCUGAAAAGAGUCUCCUGCGUGGAACCUCGAUGUUCAACUACUCGGGACCCCAUGUUUUUACGUUUUUGAAUCCCAACUUCCAGAUGAAGAUACACAAAGGUCCGUAGGAUCAGUCCGACUAAUCAAAGGCCAUCUUUACUGUCCUCAGAACCUGGAUUCCUUAUUUUUCUUAUGAGACGGACCGAGACCGCCUUUCAAAAUAGAGUCCCUCAAGGUGAAGGUCGAUUUUCUGGCUGCGCCCUUUGGCCUGAAAAAGCCAGUGCUGAAAGAGGCGGCAGCGGUGCUGGCUGCAGUUCCAGGAAACGGGAAACCGAAAUCCAUCAACGUGGAUCGCCAUAAAGGACGUUUCUCUGAAAACAUGGACAACGAGUCCCAAUAUUCUGGGUACUCCUACAAAUCUGGGCAGUCCCGGAGUUCGCGCAAACACAGAGAUAGGAGGGAGCGCCAUCGGUCUAAAAGCAGGGACGGCAGCAGUAAGGGUGAUAAGUCGGUCACUAUUCAAGCUCCGGGAGAGCCAUUAUUAGACAAUGAGUCCACAAGAGGGGAAGAAAGGGAUGACAAUUGGGGCGAAACCACCACAGUGGUCACGGGAACCUCUGAGCACAGCAUAUCCCACGAUGACAUCACACGUAUCACUAAGGACAUGGAGGACAGUGCCAACCUGGACUGCUCGCGGCACUUUGGGGUCAUUAUUGGUGGAGCCUUAGCACUCAUCUCGUUCCUGACCCCUAUCGCCUUUAUGCUGUUGCCCAAAAUUUUACCGUGGGAUCUGGAAACCUGUGGAACACCUUGCGAGGGUCUCUUCAUCUCCGUGGCCUUCAAACUUCUAAUUCUUCUGGUGGGCAGCUGGGCACUCUUCUUCCGUCGCCCCAAAGCUUUCUUCCCUAGAGUGUUUGUUUUUCGGGCUCUGAUUAUGGUGCUCAUAUUUCUGCUGGUGGUGUCCUACUGGCUUUUUUACGCAGUCCGCAUCCUGACAACGGCGGAGAGGAACUACCAGGGAAUAGUUCAAUAUGCUGUAUCGCUGGUGGAUGCCCUACUCUUCGUCCACUACUUGGCUGUGGUUCUGCUAGAACUCAGGCAGCUCCAACCUCAGUUCACCAUUAAGGUGGUGAGGUCCACAGAUGGGGCGAGCAGGCACUACAAUGUUGGCCAUUUAAGUAUCCAACGAGUUGCCGUAUGGAUUUUGGAAAAUUAUUAUCACGAUUUCCCUGUCUACAACCCUGCGCUCCUGAACCUGCCAAAAUCCAUCCUGUCCAAGAAAAUGUCUGGCUUCAAGGUCUACUCCCUCGGAGAGGAAAACACAACUAACAACUCGACGGGGCAGUCCCGGGCAGUGAUCGCCGCAGCUGCCAGGAGGAGAGACAACAGCCACAAUGAGUAUUACUACGAGGAGGCGGAGCAUGAGAGGAGAGUACGGAAACGGAAGGCGAGGUUGGUGGUCGCUGUAGAAGAGGCUUUCACUCACAUAAAGCGGUUACAAGAGGAGGACCAGAAGAACCCGCGUGAGAUCAUGGACCCAAGGGAGGCCGCUCAGGCCAUCUUCGCCUCCAUGGCCCGAGCCAUGCAGAAGUACCUGCGGACCACAAAGCAGCAGCCGUACCAUACCAUGGAGAGCAUCCUUCAACACCUCGAGUUCUGCAUCACUCACGACAUGACACCAAAGGCUUUUCUUGAGCGGUAUUUGGGCCCGGGGCCAACCAUACAGUAUCACAAAGACCGCUGGCUAGCCAAACAGUGGACAUUGGUCAGUGAGGAACCCGUAACCAAUGGAUUGAAAGAUGGGGUCGUCUUCGUCCUGAAGCGCCAAGACUUCAGUUUGGUGGUCAGCACCAAAAAGAUCCCCUUCUUUAAGCUGUCGGAGGAAUUUGUGGACCCCAAAUCACAUAAAUUUGUCAUGAGGCUUCAGUCAGAGACAUCAGUUUGAAACCUCUGGACCCUCGUACAGGUGUAAGGGAUAAAAAGGGAAGAUUUGUACAUUUGUGCCUCUUUCCUUCCUUUGUGGCUUUUCUUUGUCUCUACUGACUUUUUACAAAAACCUCAACAUGCCUUCCUGGGUCUACACCAAACCAGAACUUCUGUUACACCAUGUUGUUCGUCAUUCAGAUAUUGUUUUGGAUCUAAUUGGAAUGCUGAUUAAACUUCCAUUUUGCAAAGGGAACUAGAUGCCAUACUUCCAGCUACCAGGGUGCUCGCCUUUCUCUCGAGAACCAUGUCAUCUCCUUGGUCCAGAACCUGGCUAAUUUCCCCUCUCCAUCUCGGCAAUAAUUGAGAUCCACCACUGUUUGUAUCAGAUGAGAUUUCGAACAUGGACCACGCAUUGGGCUUGAGUGCCUCAAGUCCUCAUUUUUGACCAUAGUCACCAGCAAAGGCCAUAAACGGAUACAAAUGUUUGGUGCCAAAAUUUAAAGGGCUAUCGGUCGAUGCUGUUUUUCUUCUUCUACCGUCUAAAGAUUUCCUGGUGCUGUCCUCCCAAGGACCACCUUUUCAUUGUGAACAAUGAGCAAACUUUUUGAAGCCUAGAUAAGUAGCUCAAACACUAGACAAUAUGGCUUAUCCUUAUUCUAGAUACUGUUACAAACUAACCUGGCUACCCCCAUGUGGGCAAGGUUUCUUUGUAGACCUCAAUGGUUUUCUUUGUCCAGACAAUUCUGCUUAAAAAGAACCACUAAAAUUGUGGCGCUGUCCAUUUUUUAUUUUUUUUCUGAACGUUUUCCAAAUAUAUUUCCUAAUUUGUACAAAUUGCUAACGUCCAAUCCUAAAAUGUACUCCCAUAUCAUCUCAUCUCUAGACAGAAUAUCAACUUAGGGGUCUACUUUCAUCUGUAAAAUAUGUCAUAAACCUCUCACCUGUUUUUAUUUUUUUAUUUUUUUUUGUUCUUCUUUUUACAGUGGUGCCAAUCAGGAAAUUUGACUGUUACAUUCCAAUAAUGCGUCUCUGGAUACAACCGUAAAAAUGCACUACUGUCCACAUCCUCUUGUUUAUAGUUUAGCCUACACACAUUUUUUAAUAGAACAUGCGACAUGCCUCUUAUUCAACACUUUUUUGGGGGGAUGACACCAUCUAGUGUUUUCUGUUUAUGGCUAUUUAUAAGAGGAGUGGGGGUACAGUUUUUACGGAAAUAUUUUAACACUUUAUUUUAUUAUUCCUCAACUUCCGCCGCGUCAUUCUUUUAUUGUUUGUUUUUGUGACCUCUCACUUUUAGUAUAAAAAGAGACUUCUGUUUCUAGCCCCCCACUACUGAAGGACUUAAAGAAAAAAAUAAAUAAAGUUUUUACACUACCUUA